AUGGUGAACACUAGAGCCAAAAUAAAGAAAACCAAUAACACCAAUAAAAUCUGCUUCUCGCAGGCUUCCACGGAGAAUUCCAACCAUCAAUCGACUCAGUCUGGAGAUUUGAUCGGUUCCAACGAUGACCUUUUAACUGAAAUCCUCCUCCGACUCCCUGUUACCUCCAUCCUUCGCUUCAAAUCUGUAUCUAAACACUGGCAAUGGCUUUUGAGUCACAAGCCUUUCACCCUCCUUUAUGAUAACCUUUCAAAAUCUCCUGGUCUUUUUGUUCGCAAUAUCUAUAUUCCAUUUAACAUUGAAAACCAAAGCACUCCUCCUGUUCGUAGUCUCGAUUUCUACUUUGAUCUUUGUGGGAUUAGAAUCGUGCAAUCUUGUAACGGGUUACUGCUUUGUUGUAGCGACCGUGGGAGCGAACGCUCUCGUAAAUAUUACGUGUUUAAUCCCACCACCAAGCAAUUUGCAAUCAUCCCAUCGGUCCCAGGAGGUCAGAAUGUUCGUAAAACUAUCCGUUUUAUGGGUCUUGCAUUUCAUCAAACAGAUUGUUUGCACUACAAAGUUGUUUGUAUCCGUAGUGUGGAGCGUUACAGGGAGUUGUUUCAGAUUCAUAUAUAUUCAUCAUACACAGGAAAAUGGAAGAUUUCUAGUGAAUCUUUCUCCGCGGAUUAUUUUACCCCCUUCUGGUAUGGAGUUUAUUGGAAUGGAGCUAUUCACUGGGCUCCCUCUUGUCGCAAUCCGUUGUAUUUUAAAAUCGAGGAUGAACAGUUACAAACGUUGCCCUUGCCAGCGAAGUUGGCGUCUUCCGAAGGCUAUUAUGACGGAGCAAUGCCAAUGUAUUUCGGGGAAUCUAGAGGUCAUCUACAUUUAGUUGACACCGCUAUUGGUGAAAAUCGUUUACACCUAAAUGUGUAUGAGAUGUUGAACGAUCAUUCAGGGUGGUUUGUCAAGUAUCAAGUAGAGCUUGAUGAACUUAUGGGUGCUUUCCCGGAGAUGAUCGAUAGCAACCAACAUCCAUCGAGUCAUCAUUAUUAUGAUUUCGAAGUGUUUGAUGUGGUUAGAGGUGAAAAAGAAGAAGAUGCAUUUAUGGUGGUUAGUAUUCGUGGGAAGAUAAUAAGAUUCAAUGUUCAUGACAAGAGUUUUGAGCAGAUAUCCGACCUAACCAAUGAUAUCUAUGGAAGGAUCGGAGGCUUACAUGUUCAUCGUUACACCGAAACCUUAGCUUCUUUCUUAUGA